GCCGUGUUUGCCUGUGGUAGUGUUGUUUCGUGCUUGCGUGGGUGCGCUGUGUGCGUUCGUGUGCGUGCGUGUGGUUGUGCGUUUGUGUGUGUUUGGGUGCCGUGCUUGCCACACAGACACACGUGGGGGGAGCGAGACAAAGAGAGACAGAGAGAGACACAGAGAGAGAGAGAGAGAGAGAGAGAGAGAGAGCUGCGGAGAAACAUGAGCAGUCAGAGAGAGAGAGAGAGAGAGACGGCUGCCGGGAAACAUGAGAAGUGUGGUGUUCUAGAUUGAUGUUGCAAACCGCCAAAGAGUAGAACCUUCGUUUUUUCUUCGAAGUGGCGGCGACGGCUGCGCGUGAAAGAGGUGGGCCGCCCGAUCUUAUCCUUCCACCUCCUCCCUUGUUUGCCCUCGACUGUCCGUCUUUCGACAUUCUUUCGCAAUAUCUACGCGUCUCCCUUCCUCGUAGCGACCUAAACUCCGGCUUCUUGAGCUCCCGUCAUUGCGAGGAGCGGUGAGCAGCUCCGCGCGAAAGAGGAAAGUGAUCAGUGCGGAUCACUCUGUGUGUGUGUGUGUGUGUGUGUGUGUGUGUGUGUGUCUGUCUGUCUGGGGAGGAGGCUGGAAGCAAUCAGGUGCCUGUCUGUCUCUGUACGCUAGUUAGUGUUGCAGUGAAGAAGGUCUUAUCAGAUUCAGAUGGGGAGCGAUUCAGAGACUGAGAGAAAGGAGAAGUUAAAAUGGCAGUCUAUAUCGCCCAUUGCCAAGCCCCUCGCCGGUAAGAAGCUCAACAAGAAGGCGCUGAAGCUUGUGAAACGAGCUUCCAAGAGCAAGCAACUGAAACGAGGGGUCAAGGAAGUCGUGAAGGCUCUUCGUAAAGGAGCGAAAGGACUGUGUAUUAUUGCUGGCAACAUCUCGCCUAUCGACGUGAUAUCACAUCUUCCAGUUCUGUGUGAAGAAUCGGAUGUUCCAUACGUGUUCGUUCCUUCAAAAGAGGACCUUGGCGCCGCAGGGCAGAGCAAGCGGCCUACCAGCUGUGUUCUUGUCAUACCGUCAGGUGCCAAGGCAGAAGUUAGUGAAGAAGAUGCUGCCAAGCUGCAAAGUGAGUACAAGGAGCUGGUCGAAGAGGUCAAGGGCCUGGCUGUCAUUUACUAGGCGGCCAGAGUCCAUCGGGAUUGCCGAAGUCCGUGUACGUUAGCCACAAUUCCCAAGUCUGGGUUUGUCAGUGACAACGCGCUUGUUCCUGCUUCCAGCUGGAUCGUUGUCGUGCAAUUUUGACCUUUUUGAAGUUUUUUUUUUUUUUUUUUUUUUUUUUUUUACAUUGUUAAGUUUUUUUACCAUACCGUGCUGAUUUUCCUUUUUUUUUGUAUACAUUGUUAAGUUUAAGUUUUUUUACCAUACCGUGCUGAUUUUCCUUUUUUUUUUUUUUUUUUUUUUUUUUUUCGUGCUCCUCUUCUCCUACCCGUACCUCUGCUGCUGUGUAAAUACGGUGGGACAUUUCCUUGGCUGCGGUCAUGAGUGUUGCUCCUGGAGAUAGAAGUCCGUCCGUUGUUUACGGCAUCAUCCCCCUUUUGGGACGCCUUGCCUUCUCCUUUCAUUUUUGCCUUCUCCACCUAACUGCGUCUUUCUUUCUUUCUCUCUCUCUCUCUCUCUCUCUCUUUUUUCAUAGAUAACUGCGUCUUUCUCUCUCUCUCUCUGUUUCUUUUCAUAGCUAACCGCGUCUUUCUCAACUACUUUGUAGAUGCACACAUUUCUUUGGCCGUGUGCUUGUCAGGAUUGCUGCCAAAGAAAGAAGUCUGUUGAUCAGCGUGAACUCCCUUGGCAAGGAAACUGUCUGUCAGCUGCGGCUCGCUUUUUGUGGGUCGUGAAACAUCCAGCAGCUAUUUUUCAACUCCCCUUGUGCUGUAUAGAAAAAAGAUUGCGCUCACCUCUACAACAACCUGGGCUUUCAAAAAAAAAAAAAAAAAAAAAAAAAAAAGACUGCGGGGCCUGCAGGCGUAACGCAGUUGGUAAGGCACACGAGUUGCAUUCAGGAGGUCGUAGGUUCAAUACUGAUUGGCCUCAUUUUAAAGAAAAAAGAUUAUUACGGGGAAAGGAGGAGGCAAAGGAAAUGGAGUGGAAGGAGCUCAGGAAACCAGAUGGGUGAGAGAGAGUAUUGACGAGGCGUUUGUUUUUCGAUAUUGAUGAGAAAAGGUGUGGCAUGGUACCUGGCAUCUGCCAGUCUUCAAUCCGGGUGUUUUUUUUUUUGUUUUUUUUUUGAGCAAUCCGGAUUGAAGUAUCAGUUACUCAGUCAGCGCUUCAUUUUUCAUUUGUCUCCAAGUUCUUCACCAAGCUUGUUUUGUUCCGUACUGCAUUUUGCUUCCGUACAAAAGCAGGCAAGGGCCCUGCAAAGCAAAAUUUUGGGCUUGCCCUUUUACCUGAUAAAGAGGAGGAACUUUA